AAACCCCGCCCCGCAUGCCGGCCCCGCCCCCUCGCCUCCGGUGGGCACCGUCCCACCACCCCGGCUUGGUUCGUAGCGCUCGCUUCAAGCCCUGCUCCGGCACCCUACUGAGCCACUGCGGGGCAGGUGGCGGGAAGGCAGGCGUGCUUGGCGGAAGCUGACGCGGAACAGGCUCGGGUGUGUAGAGGCACCGCUCCAGCUCGCGCCACUGCCACCUCAGUUGAGGACCCACGAGGCCGCUGAGUCCUGCCUUCAGAACAAUGGGACUCGGGACCCGAGGUAGCUGGGCCCUGUUCUUCGUGGGGGCGCUGCUCGUGCUGGCGCUGCUGAAAGUCGCCGUGGAAGGCGAAGACUCGGCGGGGAGUGUCCCACCUGUGCCUGCCAACAAUAGGAAUGAAUCUUCUAGCACGACCGUGAAACCAUCUACAACUUCAGUUUCGUCAGUGACAGUCAAUACCUCGAAAUCCACAGUGAAAUCCUCAACAGCCUCAGUUACUUCAGUCACAAAAAAUGUGACAGUCACCACCUUGAAAUCCACAACUUCCCAAGUGACAACACCUCCAGGGGUCUCAAUAAAUACAACAUCUACCACCUUAAAGUCUACACCCAAGAUAACAAGCAUUUCACAAAACACAUCACAGGUGUCCACAUCCACGAUGACCACAAACCACAACAGCUCGGUGACAUCUGUUUCUUCAUCAGUAACAAUAACAGCAACGAUAAAUUCUAAAGAAAACAAAGGAUCAAAAUUUGAUAUUGGCAGCUUUGUCGGUGGUAUUGCAUUAACACUGGGAAUUUUAUCUGUUCUUUACAUUGGAUGCAAAGUGUAUUAUUCAAGAAGAGGCAUUCAGUAUAGAACCAUUGAUGAACAUGAUGCCAUCAUUUAAGGAAAUAUGAGGACCAUUGGAAAGAAGAUCGAUGCAUCCCUGUCGAUUAGUUUAAGACCAUACUCUCUUUUUGAAAACAGUAUAAACAGGCCAUGCAUAUAAUGUACAAUACAUCCAUCAUAUAAAUAUGUAAAGACUUCUCAUGAUUACUAAAGGUAAAAAGGGUUUUUUGGGUUUCAUUUGGAACAUACAGUUAAUGCAGUGGUUAUAUUCACUUUUAGGAAAUAGAUGUUAAGACAAGUCCUGUCCCAGUUUCUUCGUGGCAUUGGUCACAUAGGGGCCAGUGAUUGGGAGACAUCAUCUCAGAAGGGCAUAGUGCCAUCUGGACAAACAAAUAAGGCGCUCGUCAUAGCACUCGGGAUGUGGGUUGUCUUACCUGCUCACGCAGAGAACUUAGUGCUACACAGAGCUGGAUGGAUAUAUGCUGAUUUACUGAUGUCACAUGGCAGGCAUUUUAUGAGUAAACCAGAUCUUAAGCAUAAUUUUAGUUUAAGUAUCUCUUCAAAAAGCAUGAAUAUUUUGUUUUAGUACUAGGUUUAGAGCCAAAAUGCAUCCCCUCCUCCCAAAACAAACAAAAAAUCAAAUAAAAGUAGAAACAAUACUGGAGUUUAGCCCUGUGAGAGCCUGUAUUUUUAUUAAUAACUUCUUUCAAGCUUUAGUGGCAGUUGAUAUAAUUAUCUUUUUUUCCCUCUAUAAUUUCAGUAAAUUGCAAUGUUUAACAGGAUAGUGUUUUAAAGACUUAGCUGUUAGUAUUAAGAAGUUAGAUUAUAUACUACUGUGAGAAUAUCAUCACCACUGGAAAUUGCUUUAUUUCAUAUUCAGCUAUUAUUUAGUGAAUAUUUUUAAGAGAUGUAGAGCUGCUUUCAAUAUAUAGAAAUUUUUAAUGCAGCAUAAACACACCUAACUUAAAAAAAAAAGCCCCUUAUUUGACUUCCAAUACAACAUGCAGGACUCUGUACAGUCAGAACUGUAGAUUAAUGCUCUGUUCCUCAAGCCAAGGAUUGUAGCACUCCCCUCACGCUACUAAACCUACAAGGUGGAAAUACUGCAUUUUUCUGCACUCUUGAUUUUACUCAAAAGAUGGACAAACAUCAUUUUUACACUAAAAUACCAACGUAUUUUGAAAUAAAUUCUUACCAAGAUUUAAGACAGGAGUUCCUUAUUUGGAUAUUCUUCCCACAACUCCUCUCUUGCUGAAGAGGAGGUACUUCCACAUGUAUUGUUAGCAGAGAGGAAAAGCAUUGUACUUAUAGGGACACUGAUAUUAGCUAACAUAUUUUGGAGUGUUUUCAGUUUUACAGUUUAUAUCCCAGUACUCAAAACUCAGGGUUGUUUUGACAAAAGAGGUAUUGCGUCAUACUGAGAUGGUAUUUCUAUCUUAGAUUAGUCAAAGUAAAUUACACCAAUUUCUAAUAGUCUAAAAAUGAGCUAAGAUAUUCUAGUAAACAUGCAGCUACAUUAAUAGGAAUUAUAUGUAACUUUUGUGAUCAGCUUUUGGUUUAUGGAGAUUAUAUCAAGCAAUUUGAUUUAAAAGAAUCAGUUCUACUCACUGUGCAUUAUGGCCAGUUGAUGGGAUGAACGCGGAUGAUGGAAGUUAUCCCAGAUACGGACAUGACAGGAUGGAUGUGACACACGCUGUAUGGAGAAAAUAUUAUGAAACCGGUCUUUUAUAGCAGUGGGGCCUUUUACAUUUAAGUUGUUUUGUCCCCUGCAUUCUUGAUGUUUCAGUACUUCAAAUAAGUCAGAAUUUUGUAGACAGGCCUGGAAUUUUCUUGCAUACUUCUUUCUUUAGCACUUUGAAGGUAAAAAACCACUUUUUAAAUACUAAAUGUCAUCGUAUGCCUUUAAAGUUUUCUGUGCUUUGGGUAUAGCACAAAAAGUUUUCUGUGCUGUAUAUAAGUUGUAUAAUUUGCUACUUUUAAAUACCAGUAUUUCUCUACAGUCAGGUGUUUUUGGUUAUGUGCAAAAAUUGAGGGAAACAGGGAGGCAAACCAAUAUUUUGCUUUGGAGUAUAUUUUCUAAUUUUUUCCUAAUUAUAUUGACUUAAAGCAAACAUUCCAUUUUGUUUGCAUUCCUUGAGAAUGUAUUUACUUGAAGAUAAAAGCAAUUCAGAUGUAUAUAUUAUCAGGUAGAAUCCAAUCAGUGAUUUUAAAAUUUCCUUGGAUAAUUUGUAAAAUAAAUAUUUCAAAUACAGAUACAUCAGAGUUGGCAGUAUACUGCAGUGAUAAUUUUGUAUUUUUCAGGAAAAAAUUUAAAGUGAAUCCUCUUUUUUCUUUUUAUUAUAAUGACCAGCUUUGGAUAUUUCAUUGUUAACUAAGAUCUAAGAUCUAUUUUUAGAAUAAAAGUUUGUUCACCAAGAGUUUUA